UGGUGAGCGAGCACUGGCCGCUCCCUCCUCCGACUCCAAUUCCCACCUUCAAGCUGAGUUCUCUCUCUCUCUCUCUCGUUGAAUCUUCUUCUUUCCUCCCUCCCUUCUUUCCACCACAACCCACACUCCCUCCCUCCACACCCUCUCCCCUUCUACCACUCUCCCCUCCCCAUUUCCCCGUUUCCAUAAAUUGCCUUCAAAGACCCAGCCGGAUAGAUAAUUCGGCUCUUCCCCCCCCCUCGUGGUCUGACAAGCUAUAUACCCACUUUUCUCAUAGCCUUGUGGGCAAUGACCAUUCUUCUCGCAAUCUGCAACGAUUCUUCUCUUUUUCGACAUGCAUUGUUAACAUAUACUUUCCCUUCCUCUUAUUUCCACCUACUCCCGUCACUUGCUGAAUAACAGCAAGUGCUGGCAUGGUUAGUUACUGGCAACUGGCACGCGCACAUUCAAUGAGCAAUUCAACAAAUCCAAUUGAACCUGUCCUGGAGGCAGAGGAUCCUUCUCAAUCAGCACAACAACAACAAACGUCCGAUCCUACCCCUCGAGUUUCUGCUAGCACCCGGGCUAGCACCGGCCAACAAAGUCAUUUACCUGGACUUCAGGACGGUCAGUCUUCCGCAAUGCAGACAACUUAUUUGUUCGUCGAUAAAAACCUCAGCCCCCGUGCGCGGAGGUCGCACGUCAUGCGCCAGCAUAAUCAGAAGAGGUAUCUCCGGCGAAUGUCUACCCAGCCUCAUAAUCACAAUAACUCAACCAGUCCUCCUGUACCAACGCCAACCUCACCUCACGCAGAUGAUACUUGGUCUCCUCCGUCGCCCGCUACGAUUCUGGAUUCGUCUAGGAAAGAUCCUUUUGACAGUUUGCCAGCUGUCACCUCUGUAGCUGACCAAGAACUGGCUGAUGCAUGGGUGAGCAAGUUAAGUUAUUGGUCAGGACAGAACCAGUACAUCAAGCUCCAAAUUUAUAAAGCAGCCAUAGCUCAUCCAGUGUGCUUUCAAGCGAUCAUUCUUGCUUAUUGCGCUCGCUGGCGGGCCCGAUUAUACGGUCUCGAAUCCAGCCCUGAAUCCGAACUUCAUCUGACCAGGGCUUCCACAAUGAUCCAAAAGGCAAGAAACGAGAAGAACGAUGAUUCUCUUGCGAUGGCUCUUGCCGGAAUGUCUCUCCAUGAGAAUCGCUUCGGUGAUAAUGAGUCCGCUGCUAUGGAGUACGAAGACCAGGCACUUAGACUUCUGCGCAUGCGCCCUUGGCAGGAUUCAAUGGGCGUUGCUGAAGUGUUCCUGCAUUAUGUGCAGUAUCUGAAGAUGCCACGGGAGUUCUCACUGGGCCAUGAGGACAGAGUAAUGCUAGUCCAUUUCCUUCGAGGUGCGAAAGAAUUGAAGCUCAAACACAGCACAGCUGCAUACUUGGCUUCGGUGCCUCAGAGGCGGACGGCGUUCCAGAUGGCCAGUCCGCUCUUCUGCUCACUUUGUCCUGGGCCUUGGCCAUCCACGGUUCCACAGGACUUGCACAAAUAUGUGAUGAACUUGAAUAUACCUAGUCAUGAGGUUAGCCGCACUGCGUGUUUGAUACACAUCACAAGCGCACUGUGGGAUUACCAAUAUGAACCCGACAAAACCCGUCAGUUCCUUGCUCAUCUCAAUGAGCUUGUCGCGCAGUAUAAGCUCGACAGAAAUCCCGCAUGUGAAACAUUCAUAUGGCUCCUCCUUGAGGAACGAUGUAUCCCGAGGUUGAGAGACUCGGAACGGGCGUGGCGGAUGGGAGAGCUGCUGAAGAUGAUCAAAAAGCUACCACCUGAUUUACGAGUUGAGUACGGCAACAUUCUUUUCAGCUUUCUCAUGCUCGAGAGUCCUACUCUAGAAGUUGGGGAGUUUGAAAGAAGAGUGCACGCUCUUUGAAUUCUGAGAUCUUCCAGUCCAGGGCUUUUUUUAUAUUUUUUUUCUAGGUCUUCUGUAACGCUUGAGCGAAUCUGGAGUGUUGGUAUAGCGGUGUUGACUGCUGGGCUUGUUUCGGUACAUUUUGGAGAGCACAUUUCUCAGCAUCGAUAACUAUAUUAACUAUAUUUACUAACUAGCACAUACCGUCCUGCCAUUGAUGGCCUCAGCCCAGUGCAGCCUUCCCCAUUCCCAAGGAUUGAUUACCAUGCAGGGAUAUAGGCAGUUAGAACGAUCGCCUAUGACGUAGUGCUGGAGUCUAAAUUUGUGUUGGCUGUCAGACUGUUUGGUUCAAAACGCCACGUCCACGGUCUGUGUACCGCCUACGUGAUUACUUCCUCCUUGACAUAUGAGGAUUUUGGUCUCGAUUUCACCUUCCGGAUACAACACGUAUUCUUUUUUAGCGAGUUCA